AUGGAUGUAAAGAACUCUGAAAAGCAGAGUGUGGAUCUUCCACCACAUAGUUUGUUUCCAAAAACAUCAGAGACCAGAAAGAACUGGAUACUAAAGGCUGCCAUUUUUGUGCUUCUGAUAGUAAUCAUUAUUGGAUCUUGUUUAACUGCAGUUGAUAUGAACAAAAAGCACAAUGAAGAAAUGGUGACAAUGACCUUCACUACAAACAAUGGGGACACAAUCCACCAGACAGCUUCAUUCAAUGAUCAGAAAAAUAUUGCUGUUAUUUUCAGCAGUACCAAGAACGAUUCUGCUACUGUUCUGUAUGAUUACAAUCGAGGUAUCACUGGGCUGAAACCUCCCAGCAGCAAAAAGUGUUUUGUUGUGAAAAUGGAUGAAAAUACACCAUCAAUGAGUGCAGUAAUCACAGCAAUCAAACAAUUUCAAUCAAACAAUUCAACUCUUUACAAUGAAAUAACCUAUGGCAUCAUAGAAAGUGAAAAAGCAAAUCCUAUUGACCUGGGUUUAGCAAUUAACCUUCUCUGCCAUGAUGCCUCAAUAUUCUGGGCAAGGAUGUGGAAUUCUCCUGAGGUGUGGAGGCACUGCACUGUAAACCCCAAUUUCCCUGUAUCUUCCAGGCAAAGGGAAUUCAGUCUACUGACUACAGGUCACCACAAAAAGAGUGAGUGGUAUCCACAUCUACAAGGGCGUGCCAAGAAAGGGUUACACUAA